AUGUUUAAAAAAUAUUAUCUAGAAAAAUAUGAGAGUGGUGCAAAAGAAAAUGAUUUUAUAGAAAGAAAAAAAAAAAAAUUAAGAAAAUUGAAUUCACCUCACUUUAAGCAACCAAAUGAUCUGAAAACAUGCUUAUAUAAUACCUGUAUUAAUUUUUCAAAUUCUGAUAUUUAUCAAGAAUAUAUAAGUAGAUUUAAUCUUAAUUCAUAUAACAAUUGUGAUUAUGAUCAAAUUAGAAGAAAUUCCUUUAUAUCUAAAGAAAAAUUUUUAAAAUAUUAUAACUUUAAUUACUAUAAUAAAAAGUUUGAAUUAGAAUCAGAAGUAGACUUCAAUGAAGAAUUUUUUGAAGACUUAAAUGACAACAGUGAUAUAGAAGAAAUAGGAAAUUAUAUGAUAAAAAAAUAUAAAAAUAAAACAGAAAAACAAGUAAAAAAUUUAUUAUUAUUGAAAAGAGAAUACGAUAAUAUAAAAUCAAUUAAAAAUGUAGAAGAAAACAAUAAAUCGAUAGAAAAACAGAACAAUAAAGAAGUAUCAUCCAAAAAAAAAAAUAGUGAUUUUCACUCAAAAUCUUAUACUUCUAAAUUGCUAUCAAUAAUUAACCAUGAAACUCUUAAUAAUAAUUUUGAUGAAUUACUAAAAACAAAUAUAAAAAAAGAAGAAAGCUGUUACAGGAGGAAUCAUAGAAAACACUUUUUUUUGAAUUUAUUCAGAGAUUCAGAAGAAUCUUCCUUUGCUUCUAAUUUUAAUGUUUCCUUUUUAAAUUAUUGUGAUAUUAAUAAAAGAAAAAUAAAAAAUUCAGGAAACGAAGAUUAUUUAUAUAUGCUAAAUAAUUUAGCAGAGUCUCAGAAUGACCCAUUUAUUGAAAAAUAUUACAAGGAUAUAAUUAAAAUGUUAGUAAAAAGAAACUUAAAUAAGUCAAAAAAGGAAAAGGUAAAAUAUAAGGAAGAAAUAUAUGGUCAAAUGAAAAGUGAAAAUAAAAUUGAAAAGACAAAAAAUACUUCGAUAUUAAAAAAUUAUAAAAUAAUAAAAGAAGAAAAAAACGACGAACAAUUGAAAACUAAAAAAAAAAGCGAAAGGCUAAUAAUUGAAAAAAUAAAAGGUGGAAAAUCAAAAAGUAAUGAUAAAAAGGAUGAAGCACUAAAAAGCGAAGAACAAAAAGAUGAGCUAUUAAAAAAAAAAGAAAGAAAGGAUGAACAAUUAAAAUAUGAAGAAAAAAGAAAUAAAAGAAAAGGUGAAAGAUUGAGAAGUAAAGAAAAAAGAGGUGAACAAUUAAAAAGUGAACAACAAAAGGAUGAAAAAUUAAAAGAUGAAAAAAAAGGUGAAAAAAGAAAAGGGGAAAGAUUGAGAAGUAAAGAAAAAAGAGGUGAACCAUUAAAAAGUGAACAACAAAAGGGUGAACAAUUAAAAGAUGAAAAAAAAGGUGAAAUAUUGAGAAGUAAAGAAAAAAGAGGUGAACCAUUAAAAAGUGAACAACAAAAGGAUGAACAAUUAAAAGAUGAAAAAAAAGGUGAAAUAUUGAGAAGUAAAGAAAUGAAGGGUAAUCAAUUAAAAAAUAAAAAAAAAAAUGAAAAGAUAGAAAUAUUAAAAAGUAAAGAUAGAAAAGGUGGACAAAGAAAAGAUAAACUUUUAAAAAUUGAAAACAAUAAAGAUAAUAUGCAUAUAAGGGAAGAAGAAAAAUGUGAAAGACUUAUAGUUGGAGAAAUUAAUACAAAUUAUAGCGAUACAGUAAAUAAGAAAAAAAUUAAAGAAUCAAAUAUUUUAAAAUAUGAUAUACGCAAAAGCAUGGAAUCCCUAAGUUCUGAAGAGAUGAAUAUUUAUUUAAAAAAAAUUUUAAAAAAUGAAAAUAUAAAGUUUAAUCAAAGAAGGAUUGAUAAUAGAGAUAGGUGGAAUUCAAUAUCUCAAUUUAUUUGUGCAUGUAUAGGUGCGUCCUUAAGUGUUCAUUGCUAUUUAGAUAUUCCCGAACUAAAAUCUGAAUCUAACAUUAUUUUAAUUUCUAUCCUUUUUUUGUUUUGUUAUUUAUUUAUUGGAUGGCCAUUACUUCAAUUAGAAUUUGCUUUAGGUCAGAUAUCACAAAGUUGUAUAGUUAACAGCUUAAGUUUAUUAAAGAAAACAUUUAGAGGUAUCGGUCUUAUUUCUUUAAUGAUAUCGUUUUAUGUUUUAUCAAAAAAUAUUAAUAAUAGUGUUGAUACAUUUAUAAUUGUCACAAAUACAAUAUGGAAACCUUUACCAUGGAAUUUAAAAGAGUGUGAAAAAAUAUUUGACAAAACAAAAUGCAUUAAAAAUAAUAAAUGCAAAUGGGUAACUUAUAAUGACACAACUAAUAAUAUAUUUAAUCGAAAGAAAAAUUUAAAUAUGAAUAUGAAUAAUUCAUAUAAAAAGGAAAAAAAUGAUAAUAACCUUUUUACAAGAAAUAAUGAUCAAACUUGUGUAUCUAGUGGAAUCUUAGAGGUGAUAAAUUUUUUUUCUGAAAAAAUAAAAUUUGUAUGGAAAUUAGGGUCUUUAUUUUUUAUCAUAUUAAUAAUAUAUUUUUUAUUAAGAAUAGAAGAUAUGUCAUUAAACCAGAGCUUACAUUAUUCAUUUUUAUUUUUUUUUAUGGUUGUUUUCUUUCAGAUAUUUAUAUUAUAUUACGAAUUACAUCCAAAAAAUAUGAAGAAUAUAUUUAUUAAAUAUAAUGAAAACAUAUUAUUUAGUAAAGAUUAUUUUCUUUAUAUUAAUUCUCCUUUAAUAGCAAAAAUAAUUACAAUAGUAUUAGUUUCUAUUAAUUGUUCAACUGGACUCAAUUAUAUGUUUUCAUCUUACACCAAUAUAGGAGAAAAUAUAUUUUUUCCUACUUUUUAUGUUAUCUUUGGCUCUUAUAUAGGAAUAUUAAUGUAUUUAGUAUAUUAUUACUUAUGUAUUGAAAGUAUAAAUAAUUAUCCUUUUAUUUAUGAUAAACUGGAACUAAACACAUUAUUUGAUAAUUUUAGAUUAUUACCAAUCAAUUAUUCUUCUAUUCAGGAAUUUUUAAAAAGAAAAUAUUCAAUAAAUCAUUACAUCAUUUAUGUAGUAGCAUUAUCAAGAAUAAAAUUCCCAAAUAUUAUGAGCUUUGUAUUCUUCCUUUCUUGUAUUUUGGUUAUUAUUACCUCUUCCGCUGUUUAUUUAAAAGGAGUAAUAUUAAUAUUAAAAGAAAGUAGAAAAUUUAAAAUCUUAAAGAAAAAAACUAUAUCCCUAUUUAUAAUUACUAUAUAUUUUUUUCUCGGAUUUUUCAAUUUAUUCAAUAUAGGUUAUAACAUCAAUUUUUUGAUAAAUUUCAUUAUAUCAAGUUAUAUUUAUUUAUUUAUCACUAUUCUUCAAAUUAUUUGUAUUACAUGGAUAUAUGGUUGUGAACAUAUAGGAAAAAUAAUAAAUCAUAAAAAAUUAUAUUUUUAUUUUUCUCUAAAUUUUUUUAUUACAAUUUCAGUUAUACCUAUAAUAUUAUAUAUUUGUAAACAUUUUGUUCAAAAUAUUUUUUUUUUUAUAUUAUUAUUUUUGUUUUUAUUCAUAGUAUUUAUUUCUAUAAAUGCAAUUUUAUUCUAUUCAAUUAAAGGGGAUGUUGCAUUAAAAGAAAAAAUGUAUUUUUUAUAUAUAUUUAAUAUUGAUAUACUAAGGAGAAAAUUAAAUAAUAUAUUAUAUGGAAAGAGAAGAACUUAUGAUUUACACAUAAAACAAUUUCAUUGUGUUUUGUUUAAAAAGUUUACAUUGAUAUGGUGUUAUUUAAUGAAAUAUUUCAUUCCUUUUGUUUUAAUUUUUAUAUUUUUAACUAAUCUUUUAUAUCAUAUUCAUUUCUUUAUACACAUCGGAAGUCAUAAUAGUGGAAGUUCCUCCUAUUAUAAAUCUCUCAAUAAGGUAAAUAGGCAUUCCUAUUUGAGAGUAGCUACUAAUAAAAAUAUGUCUCUAAAUAGUAAAUGGAAAAAAGAAAUAGGAUUUAAUGAUACAAAUGUUACUUAUAAAAACAAUAAUUUUAAUAUUAUAAAUUUAUAUAAUAAUCUGAAAGAAAAUACUGUAAUCAAUAAUUAUAACAUUGGUGAAAAUGAGUUAUAUAUUAAUCUUGGAACAAAAAAUGACAAUAAAGAUAUUAUUAUACGUAAAAAUGAAUCUAAAUAUUUUAGUUUAUACAUAUAUUUUUCUGUAACAAUAAUAUUAUUAUUAUUUGUUACAAUUAUUGCAUCAAUUUCUUUUAUACAACCUUGUAGAUUGAGAAGUUUCAUUUGUCCUCCAACUCACACAUGGAAUAUUAGUGAUAUUCAUUAUAAAAAAAAAAAUCCUAUGAAUUUUUUAUAUACAAGAUACAUAUUUUUUUUUGAAGAAAUUCUUCCUAUUGAAAAUAUUAUGCCCUUUUAUAUUUGGAAUCAUAUUAAGAAACAUAUAAAAAAUGAAAGUUUCAUUAAUUCUCUACACAAAGAUAACGAAAAUAAUGAAACAAUUUAUGACAAAAAACUUACUUAUUUAAAUAAAUUUGAUUAUGAGAAUUACAUUUUUAAAUUAAUUGAUCAUGGUUCAAAACUUUAUGACUUAAAUGAAAUGAGAAACGCUAAUUUUUAG